GGGGGACCUUCGACCCAACUGGGUCCAAAAAGCCCUCGGCUGCAGCUGCCUGAUGAAACCCACCAUGUGGCUGAGAGUCUUCGUCGGCUUCGUCUUGGGCCUCCAGGUCUGCCAGCUGGCUUCAGUCUUCCUGGACCCACAGCAGGCCCACGGUGUCCUGGUCCAGAGCCACGAUGUCCUGGUCCAGAACCACGGCGUCCCGGUCCGGAGGCGUAGGUACAACUCGGGCUGGUUGGAGGAGCUCCAGAAAGGAGACCUGAAGAGGGAGUGCGUGGAGGAAAAGUGCACCUUCGAGGAGGCCAGGGAGGUGUUCGAGCACACCGAGCUGACGGGGCCAGAGGGGCCCCCAGGGGCCCAGAUUGGACCAGAGGGCCCAAAUAGACCCAAAGAGGCCCAGAGUGGUCCAGAGAGGUCCAAUGAGGUCCAGAGGGGCCCAAAGAGGCCCAGAGGGGUCCAGAAGGCCCCAGAGGGGUCCAACCUCUCAGAGACCAGCAGCAGCUUGAGAAGGACUUCUGGAAGACGUACUCCCCGCUGCCAUUUCUCAGCGGCAGCCGGGACCCUGAACCCGGCUCUGCCUUUGUCCUUAGUGCCCAACAGCUGUGAGUCCAGCCCCUGUCAGAACAGCGGCACCUGCCUGAGCGAGGGCGCCUCCUACACCUGCCUGUGUUUGCCCCAAUUCAGAGGACUGGACUGCGAGCUGGAACCGGGAACCGGGUCCAGCAGCUGCCUGCUGCUGAACGGGGGCUGCCAGCACUUCUGUGAGGAGGAUGCCUUCGGACGGCGGCUGAGGUGCUCCUGCGCCGACGGCUACCAGCUGGACCAGGACGGCCGCAGCUGCGCCCCCAAAGUUCUGGUUCUGGAUCUGCUGCUGGUUCUGCUGCUGGUUCUGGAUUUGUUACUGGUUCUGGAUCUGCUGCAGGUUCUGGUGAAGGUUUUUGAUCUGCUGCUGGUUCUGUUUUUGUUACAGGUUCUGGUUGUGCUGCAGGUUCUGGUUCAGGAUCUGCUAGUGGUUCUGCUGCAGGUUUUGGUUCUGUUUCUUCUGCAGGUUCUGUUUCUGCUGGAGGUCCUCGUCCUACUGCAGUCUCUGCUGCAGGUUCUGGUGCCUUUUCUGCAGCAUGUUGUGGUUCUGCUGCUGGGUCUUGAUCUGCUGCAGGUUCUGGUUCUGAUAAGGUUCUGGUUCUUCUGCAGGUUCAUGAUGUGCUGCAGGUUCCGGUUCUGUUGCAAGUCCAUAGCUUGCGGCAUGGUUCCGGUUUUGCAGAACCAGCAGAACCAGGACGAGCGUCUCCGGAUUGUGGGCGGAACCGAGUGUCCCAAAGGCGAAUGUCCGUGGCAGGUUCUUCUGGUGUACAAAGGCAAAGGCUUCUGCGGAGGAGUCAUCGUCAAACCCACCUGGAUCCUCACCGCCGCGCACUGCUUGGAGAACACCGACCGCAGGUUCCUGAAGGUGGUUGCAGGUGAGAGAGCCACCGUCCGGCUCCAAUUCCGGCUCCGAUUCCGGUUCCUGGUCCGGGCCCAGUUCCGGCUCCGUGUCUUGUUCCGGUUGUGGGUUCGGUUCCGCUUCCGGUUCCUGGUCUGGUUUCGGAUGCGGGUUCGGGUCCUGUUCCGGGUACCGGUCCGGUUCUCCACCCUAACCCGUCCUCUCCUCCCGCUCCACCGUCGCCCAGGCGAGCACAACAUCCAGGUCAAUGAGUCCACGGAGCAGCUGGUCCCGGUGGCGGAGGUCGUCACGCACGAGAGCUACUCGCGUGCCACAGUGGACCACGACAUCGCCCUGCUGCGGCUGGCCACGCCGCUGCGCUACGGCACGUUCGCCGUCCCAGUCUGCCUGCCCACGCGGCUGCUGGCGGAGCGUGAGCUGUGGGCGGUGCGCCUGCACACGGUGAGCGGCUGGGGCCGCCGCAGCGAGCACGGGCCCACGUCCAACGUGCUGCGGCGCACGCAGGUGCCGCGCAUGCGCACGCAGACCUGCGUAGAGAAGAGUGGGGUCCGGCUGACCCCUAACAUGUUCUGCGCCGGGUACCCGGACGGCCGCACUGACUCCUGCCGGGGAGACAGCGGCGGCCCGCUGGUGACGGAAUACCGAGGAACGGCCUACCUGCUGGGC